AUGUUCGGCCUCCAAUUCACCGCCACGCGCACGCAGAUCGCAUCGUACCUCUUCGGCGUGGCGCUCUUCAGCAUAAGCUUCCUCGUCUUCCUCAAUAGCUCUAUUUCCUUUGUCAUCACACAGCGUAUCGGCCAGUCGCGCAAUGUUGGUGAUGCGGUCGGCACGCUGGGGUUCGUGGAUGAGCUGGUUGCGCUUGUUGCGUGUCCAGCGUGGGGACUACUGAGCGACCGCGUGGGUGUGAGGAGUGUUGCGGUUAUGGGAUACAGUAUUGUGGGUGUUGCGCUAUGGGUCCUUGUACAGGCGCGGAAUGUGUAUCCGGAGCUGUUGCUUGCGAGGGUGCUGUUCAGUCUGGGUGGAAGUGCGACCGCGACUAUGGUGACGGCGAUUUUGCCCUCGAUGACUCUCGUCAAGGAAGUCAAACCUGAUCCGCGAUCGCCGACGCGUAGCCGUGGCAGGUCGCAUGCGCCAGCCGCUUCGAUAUCGUCCGAACUCACGAUUACGCCCGCGCGUUUCCGCUCCAACUCUCCGGAAGAUCAUACACAAGACAUACCUGCGAAGAAGAGUUCGGGCGCAUCUACGUCACAGCUUGCUGGUUUGGUGGGCAUGUUCACAGGCUGCGGCGCUCUAGUCGCACUGUUCGUCUUCCUACCUCUGCCAACACAGUUUCAAAAUGCCGGCGAGCGUCCCGCGACAGCUGUAGCAGACGCGUUCUAUGUCGUAGGGGCCAUCGCUUUUCUUGUGGCACUAGGCUGUUUCUUCGGCUUGCGCCAACUACCUGGUGAAGAAGCGAAAGGCUGGAAGCGCCUUACCAGCAGAGGUGACUACAAAGACGUAGACUCUCAUCUGACGCGCGACGUCGUACUAUCAUACCCUGGUCUCUUCCUGGAAAGUGUCCGUCUCGGCUUCACCUCCCCAAACAUCGGACUCGGCUACGUCGGAGGAUUCGUCGCGCGCGCAUCUUCAGUUGCUAUAUCGCUCUUCAUCCCUCUCUUCACGAACCACUACUUUCUACAAACUGGUCGCUGCAAAGUUGAUUCCAACAUUCCCUCAGACAUCAAAGUCGCAUGUCCCGAAGCCUACAAACUUGCAGCGAUGUUAACAGGCAUCAGCCAGCUCAUAGCACUCAUGUCCGCACCUCUCUUCGGCUACCUUUCCGGUCGAUUCCCACGAUACAAUAUCCCCUUGCUAGUAGCAGCUGUAUCUGGCAUUGCAGGAUACUCAGCCUUCGGAUCGCUCACGAGCCCAGACUACAAGAGCGACGACGGCACUGGCGCGAUCUUCUUCAUCGUAGCUUUACUAGGCAUCAGUCAGAUCGGCGCCAUCGUUUGCUCCCUCGCCCUCCUCGGCCGUGGCAUCAACAACGACGAACAUGGCUCCGCGACAGAUCUCCACAACUCGGCUUCCGCAUCCAUUGGAACAACGUCGCAUCCAUCUGCAGGCGCCACACCACCACACAGCGCGCCCAUCACCCCUCUGGACGAAAACGCUCCUUUGCUUCCAGAACACAUACAAUCUUCCCGCUCGGCCUCCGCGUCAAGGCGGACAUCAUCGCAUAACCACAUCAAAGGCUCGAUAGCGGGCACGUACAGUCUGCUGGGUGGCUUUGGUAUCUUGCUUCUGACUAAAGCGGGUGGUGCGUUAUUCGAUAGUACUGGACCUGGUGCGCCGUUCUACAUGAUGGCUGGGUUCAAUGCGCUGCUUCUGGUGGUUACUGUGGGUGUCAGUGGGUUGCAGGGCGUGAGGAGGUGGAGGAUGUCGGCGUCGGGAGCUUAG